CGGCCACCAUGGGGCGUGGGCUGCCCUUCUUCCUCCUCCUGAGCCUCCUCCACAGCUCUGAUGGAACAGGCCCAGGUCUGACUUUGCGGCUGAAACUGAAAGAGUCUUCCCUGGCAAACGGCUCCUACGACUCUGGCUUCCCUGCAUGGCUUAAGGAGCUCUGCCUCCUCCUCCGGCUCCCACCGGGGACCAACGUCACCCUCCAUCAUGCAGGACCCCCUCGCCACACCAUCUGCAGAGCCUGAGGGCCCCCGGCUGAGGUGUGGGAGCCCCGGCCCUGUGUUCCAUCAGGUCCUCGCCCUCCUGAGUGCCAAUAAACCUGCAGAACCAGUGA